AUGUCAGAUCUGUAUCGUUCAGCGAUGCACGCGCGCAUUGCCAAGCUUCCUCCUGUGCCGACAACGUUAUGGCCUGCCACCACGGCGCCAUCGUACGAUGAAGAUGAAGAGGAGGACGAGGAGGAUGAGCUCGACUCUCUUGGAGAUCUUCCUACAGGCCUCGGGCCGCCCGCGAUGCCAGCACAUACGCCUCGGGAUCGGUCACGCACCGUCACCCAGAGCAGGGUCGGCCAGAGGCAGAAGGAACAACGCGAGGCGGAGAUUAACGAACGAUACGCACCUAUAUCAGCGUCAGGAUUCUUCGAACAGGCUCUGCAGGUUGCCGUCCCCAACAGGAAUCUCGAUAUGAGGGUGUACUACACGCCGCCGCAACUCCCUCAGGGCUCGAACGGAAAGGGGACUGUUUUGCUGUGCCACCAUGGUGCUGGUUAUUCAGGACUCAGCUUUGCAUGCUUUGCCAGGGAGGUCUGGGACAUGACGAAAGGCGAGCUGGGCGUGCUAUCAGUAGACGCAAGGGCGCAUGGGAAGACGACAUCGACAUCGCAAGAUCCACCUCAGCAAGAAGACCUAUCAAUUGAUGUCCUCGUGCAAGACUUCGUCGAGUUGAUCAAAGUUGUGUAUCCGGAUCCUGCUUCCUCUCCUACUCUCCUUCUCGUCGGUCACUCCAUGGGCGGCGCCAUAACCACUCGCGCUAUCCCGCUGCUUCAGACCUCCAGAUACAAUAUCACCGGGACCGUCGUCUUGGACGUCGUUGAAGGAUCCGCACUGGACGCACUGCCCCACAUGAACAGCAUCUUGAACGCCAGACCUGUUGGGUUCGAUAGCGUUCCGAAGGCCGUGGAAUGGCAUGUGAACACGAACACAAUCCGCAAUGAAACUUCGGCGCGCGUAUCUGUGCCCUCUAUAGUGCACCCCACGCAGUUGAAAGUACCCUCGAUGCCCGCUUACGAGUGGCGGACACCCUUGCGAUCAACGGCGCCGUAUUGGGAAAGCUGGUUCCGCGGUCUAUCGUCGUCUUUCCUCGCCGCUCGCACCGCGAGGCUGCUCAUCCUCGCAGGCACCGACAGACUCGACCGGGAACUGACGAUCGGCCAGAUGCAAGGCAAGUUCCAGAUGGCGGUCGUCCAAGGCGUUGGUCAUAUGCUUCAUGAGGAUGAUCCAAGGAAGUUGGCCGAGAUCGUGGUGGAGUUCUGGAAGCGGAACGAGAGGCUGCCGAUCAACGUGAAGAAGGUGGGAGAGUUGUAAAACAGAGGAGUGGGGACGACGUGCAAGUAUGGUCGUUGAGCCGAUAGCCUCCUUGUAGCCCGUACAGAUACAGAUCAAGAGGGCAAUUAACACG